UAAGGUAUUGGAUUCGUCUCUUUCACUCUCUUCAAACAUCUCUUUCUCUCUCAUUCCGCCAUGUCAAGCUCAGCCACCAACGGCGUCGCCGGCGAUCACACAACCACCGCCAUCAAUGCCGCCGCCGCCGCCGGUGUCGAUAAAGGCGUCGACUUCGCCAACUAUUUCUGCACCUACGCCUUUCUCUAUCACCAGAAGGAGAUGCUCUGCGACCGUGUUCGCAUGGACGCUUAUUACAACGCCGUUUUUCAAAACAAACACCACUUCAACGGCAAGACUGUGUUGGAUGUAGGAACUGGGAGUGGCAUUCUUGCAAUUUGGGCAGGGCAAGCCGGUGCAAGGAAGGUCUAUGCAGUGGAAGCAACAAAGAUGUCUGAACAUGCCCGUGCACUUGUGAAAGCAAAUAACCUUCAAGGUGUGGUUGAAGUGAUUGAGGGUUCAAUUGAAGAUAUUACUCUGCCAGAGAAAGUUGAUGUAAUUAUCUCGGAGUGGAUGGGAUACUUUCUUCUGCGUGAAUCUAUGUUUGAUUCUGUGAUUUGUGCACGGGACCGCUGGCUGAAGCCAACUGGGUCUAUGUAUCCCAGCCAUGCUCGCAUGUGGUUGGCACCAAUCAGAUCUGGAUUGGGAGAUCAAAAAAUGAAUGACUAUGAAGGAUCCAUGGAUGAUUGGUUUUAUUUUUUGGAUGAGACUAAAACUUAUUAUGGUGUUGAUAUGAGUGCUCUAACGAAGCCUUUCUCCGAAGAGCAGAAAAAAUACUAUUUACAGACAUCACUGUGGAACAACCUUCAUCCAAAUCAGCUUAUAGGGUCAGCUGCCAUGAUAAAGGAGAUCGAUUGUUCAACGGCAACGGUAAAUGACAUUCUUGAUGUCAGAGCAAGCAUGUCAUCAUUAAUCACUACAGAGGAAACGAGGCUCUGUGGGUUUGCUGGGUGGUUUGAUGUCCAUUUCCGAGGAAGUAAGGAGAAUCCAGCUCAACAUGAAAUUGAGUUGACCACUGCUCCUAGUGAAGAUUAUAGCACACAUUGGGGCCAGCAGGUGUUUCUCUUGCAUCCUUCAAUACAUGUUAGUGAAGGCGACAAUCUAGCCAUUAAUUUCUCAAUGACUCGAUCCAAAGAAAACCAUCGGUUGAUGGAGGUUGAGCUCAGUUGUGAGAUAAAACAGCCUUCUGGCAGGCUGCUUCCGCCAUUCAGAAAAAAGUUUUACAUAGAGUGAGGUAGAAAAUAGAUAUCACUAACAAUUACACUGUGCCUCCAACGAGUGGGACGUGUAACCUGUAACUUUUGGUGCUGGCCACAUCGUCAGGUUAUCAUAUCUGUGAAGGCCUGUGUCAAAUUUUGAGCAAUUUUGGCUACUAAGUUCUGGUGUUGUAUUAUUAUUUUGCUUUUGUUUUCAGUUUUUGUCAUGUGCUGAAACAAGCAUCUUGUUAAUUUAUUGACAAUUUUGAUUUCACAGUGUUGUUAUAGUAGAGCCAGAAAUUUUUUCCUUUUUUUUCCCCCCUUUUCAGAAGUAAUGGGAAUUGAUAUUAUAUAGCAAUGUUUUAUAUAUGAGAAAAUAUUGAACUAUUA